AUGGCCACAACUCUAGAAGAUAAAUCUAUUUGGGAGGAUGGUGAAGAAGCUCUUAGCGACGAGGUACUUCGUAUGCCAACAGAUGAAAUUAUCAGCCGUACAAGGCUUCUGGACAAUGAAAUAAAGAUCAUGAAAAGCGAAGUGAUGAGAAUAACUCAUGAAUUACAAGCACAAAAUGAUAAAAUAAAAGAAAACACAGAGAAAAUUAAGGUCAACAAAACUCUACCUUAUUUAGUGUCAAAUGUUAUCGAGCUUCUUGAUGUUGAUCCUCAAGAAGGAGAAGAAGACGGUGCUGUUGUGGACUUGGACUCUCAGAGAAAAGGAAAAUGCGCAGUUAUUAAGACCUCUACGCGACAGACAUAUUUCUUACCAGUUAUUGGCUUGGUUGAUGCAGACAAACUAAAACCCGGUGAUUUAGUUGGAGUGAAUAAGGAUUCUUACUUGAUUUUGGAGACAUUACCAGCUGAGUAUGAUGCCAGGGUGAAAGCUAUGGAAGUUGAUGAGAGGCCCACUGAACAAUAUUCAGACAUUGGUGGUCUGGACAAACAAAUUCAGGAGCUUAUUGAGGCAGUGGUGUUGCCCAUGACACACAAAGAGAAGUUUGUUAAUUUGGGUAUCCACCCACCUAAAGGAGUUCUUCUCUAUGGGCCACCUGGUACUGGCAAGACCUUGUUGGCUCGUGCCUGUGCUGCACAGACCAAGUCAACAUUCCUUAAACUAGCGGGACCACAGCUAGUACAGAUGUUUAUAGGUGAUGGAGCAAAGUUGGUUCGAGAUGCUUUUGCACUGGCAAAGGAAAAGGCACCUGCAAUUAUCUUUAUUGAUGAACUGGAUGCCAUUGGAACAAAACGCUUCGACUCAGAAAAGGCAGGUGAUCGUGAAGUGCAGCGCACCAUGUUGGAAUUACUUAACCAGUUGGAUGGCUUUAGUUCCACUGCUGAUAUCAAGGUUAUUGCAGCAACUAACCGAGUGGAUAUCCUUGAUCCUGCACUACUUAGAUCUGGUCGACUUGACAGAAAGAUUGAGUUCCCUCAUCCAAAUGAAGAGGCGAGGGCGAGAAUUAUGCAGAUUCAUUCACGUAAAAUGAAUGUGAGCCCAGACGUAAACUUUGAGGAACUAUCACGAUCGACGGAUGACUUUAACGGCGCACAGUGCAAGGCAGUGUGCGUGGAAGCCGGUAUGAUCGCAUUACGUCGUUCCGCAGCUGCCGUCACUCAUGAGGACUUUAUGGAUGCCAUCCUGGAAGUGCAGGCUAAGAAAAAGGCCAACUUGAGUUACUACGCC